AUGGCUGGAAUCUUCGACCGAUUCCGGUUCGGCGCCAAGCGCGAGCGCGAUGAGGACGCUCCAGAGGUCUCACCUGGUGCAGAAGACACCGCAGAGGAGACUGAAGAGACUCUGAGUGAGGCUCCUGCCAAGAAGAGCAAGCAUAGGCAGCAGCGGGAGCCGGAGAGUGAGAGGGAGACCCAAGUGGUCUGCAAGUGGCAAGAGCGCUGGCACGGCAUCUGCGCCGACUGCUUCGAGCAAGUGCAGCAUUGUGUGCACUACCCAGAGCGUCGUCUGCGUCUGCUCAUUGUUGGGCACAAUCCAUCCGACCACGCGUGGAAGACUGGCUACUCGUACAGCAACCCCACGAAUCGCAUGUGGAUGCUGCUGACGGGGACGCUUUCUCCCCACUCGUGGGAGGGCGUCGUGCCUGCUACCGCGAGCAUCAUGGAGCAAAACGUCUUGCCUCAUGUUCAUGGCGUUGGGUUCACCUCAAUUGGGUUGGAGGUUGGUGUCUCCGACUUGGUGGCAACCUUGUUCUGA